GUCUUGAGUUUUAUAGUUUUAUGACUUAAGUCUUUGUUUGAAUUCACGAAAAUAAUAGUUAAUGCAACGAAUACCAAAUUAGAAACAAAACGAUCAUUAUGUGCACCGCUUUACCGAAAUUGAUUGAGAUCUAUGAUUAGACCUAACUUCAGAUUUGACUAAAGAAGUGAGGUUAUAUUUAUGUUUAUAUAUAAUAUAAAACUCUAUAUUUUAAUCUUGAAUUGUUAAAUAAUACAUAAUUUUAAAUGUUAAGUAUAUUUUUUAUAAAAAAUGAGUGAAGAUAAAGAAAAAAUUCAUCACGUUCAGUUAGAAUUAUGUACUACAAGACCUGCGUAUCGUCAAGGGAGAAAAUUGACUGCAGUUAAGGUGUAUACUAUAAAUCAGGAAUCUCAACAUUUGUACAUAUAUGGUGUACCUUCAAUAGGUUUACGAAAUGAAUUGAAACAACUUUGUAUCAAAUAUGGUCAAGUUUUAAGUAUCACCGUUGUUGCUGAUGCAUCAAAUGAAUUGUUUACAGAGUGUUAUCAUGUCAGGUAUCAAAGAAUUCAGUCAGCUCGUAUUGCUAAAAGAUUAUUAGAUACAAAAUCGUUUUAUGGUGGUAUUCUUCAUGUUUGUUAUGCUCCUGAGUGUGAAACCAUACAAGAAACUAAAAAUAAGUUGUUACAAAGGAAAAGAGAUGUCUUGAUGAGGCUACCGAAACCAGAAAAUGAAAAAACUUGAAUUUGACUGAUAGUGUGUGGUUGUAAAUUUUUGAAAAUAUUAAAAGAGGUAAUUUUUCCUAUUAUAAAUGUAUAAAAAAUG